UCGUAUUAUUUUUUAGCUGACAUUAAGAGCUACUUGAACUUCAUCAGAGGUAUUGGAAUUAAAGCAUGGAUUCCCGGGUCACUGGGAAGUGGCCCUAAGAUGUCUUUAAUAGACCAGUGUCGAUCCGGGGUAUUCUGUUUAAAUUAUAAUGGAUUGGACAUCUAUAUUCAGGGCAUUAGUCGUGGUGGAAAAAACGAAAAGAGUUCAAAGGGAUUCGUUAAGAAUCUAGACCACGUAAAGCCUGUUCAAUUAAAAAAUGAUGAGUUGGAUCGAUUUGAUGGUGGUCCCGGUAACACUGCACUAAAUGACAAUUUGGGUGUAAAUAAUAUAACGUCACGUGUCGCUGCAGUAAAGUUAAAACGUGAUGUCGGUAUUCAGUGGAGCGAUAGUGAUAUUGUUGAUGAUUCACUUGAAAUCCCAAAAUGUCCAAAAACCACUACUAGCCGUUUGGAAAAAUCAGUCGGAACAAGAGUUGGUGGUAUUGAACAAAAAACGUUCUUUCCGGGAAUAACGGGUAUGGAGUUCAAACGUAUCGUAAAUGAAAAACUCACGAGGGAAGUUAGAGUAGCUAAAUGUUACGUAUCAUCGUUACCCAAUUACGCGGUUAACUGCGCCAGCGCAAAAAACUGUCAUCUCGAUAAGAAAGCAUUGAGAUCAGAUUACACGGGGAUACUAUGGAGUAGUCUGGACUGCAAGAGUUUGGCCGAAAUCAAAAAAUCCGGACUUAGUCCUGGUUUUGUGCGAACAUUAAUCAAGCAGUUUGAUGUCUAUGAUAAUGUGGAACAGCAAUGUCCGAGUCGGAAAACGUUAUAGAUACAUACAGUAUAAAUGUAUGAAACGAUAUUAAUUAUAAUCCUAAUAAAUAUAUUAAUUGUA